AUGUCUCGAUUCCGCAACGCACUAUAUACUCUCGCUGGGACUGUUGGUGCAGUCACUGCCAAGGUCUUUCUUGCCGGCGACAGCACAAUGGUAUCUACUGGCAACAAUGAUGGGACACAGGGCUGGGGGGCUUUCUUGCCGAAAUACAUCAGUCUUGCGGUCGACAAUGAUGCUAUCGCUGGACGUUCUGCGCGGAGCUUCACACGUGAAGGUCGCUUUGCCGCCAUGGCAGACAACGUACGGUCCGGAGACUUUGUCGUGAUGGAGUUUGGACACAAUGAUGGAGGUAGCCUUACGCCGACGGACAAUGGCAGGACCGAUUGCAACCCAAUCGACGGAGACUAUGCUACCACUUGCCAAACGAAGUACAACGGCGUAUCAGAGACGGUUUUGACGUACUACACCUACCUUGUCAACGCGGCCAAGCUUUUCCAAUCCAAAGGAGCAAUUGUGAUCAUCAGCUCAGCCACCCCGAACGAUGUCUGGGAGACGGGAGACUUCUCCUACAGCGCCAACCGCUUCGUGACAUAUGCCAUGGAUGCAGCAAAAGAUUCUGGCUCCACCUUUGUCGACCACGGAUUGUACACUGCUCAGCUCUACAAGAAUCUUGGUGCAGAUGCCGUCAAUGCCUUCUAUCCGAAAGACCACACGCACACCAGUCCAGAAGGCGCGAAUGUUGUGGCCAGGGCUUUCGUCUUGGCUCUCCAUGCUACGGAUAGCGCUUUGAAGGAUUACAUUACCAGCACGUCGCUGCAGUAG